AUGUUCCGGACCAUGUGGGGCUCAACCAAGUUCCAGCGUGUCAAGAGUCUUUGGCAUACUCGGGUCGGUCACAUCAGAAGCAUUAAGACCGUUGACAGCCAGGAAACUUCGGUUCAAGAAGCAACAAUGACUGCAGAACUGGAUCAAGGGUAUCGUGAUUCCAUGAUCAUUGACAAGGUCGAGAUGCAGACGCCUCGUACCCCUACACUUGACGCAGACUUUCACCGAUACACAAAGGAGCAGGACCAUCAAACCACCAAGCUUUACACUAUCUCGGUGUCCCCUGUGUCAUCAUCGUUGACGUCAGCCUCGUCCUCCGUAUCGACAUUGUUGUCGUUCGUACCUGCCGUUUCGACGCCUUGGAGAAGAUGUCCUUCGGCUUCGGAUUGUUCGUCAUCAACAACUUCGUCGACCUUUUUUCCGUUCGCAUCAGUAAGUUCAUCGUCGACUUUAUCCCCACGAAAAGCUGCCGAGAACGCCAUUAAUAACGUUCACACUGUCUGUUCUCGUGGUCAGACCACAGUCUCCAGUUCCAUCACUCGUGGAAGUCCAUACGGUGAGUUGAUUCUUGUCGACAUUUUGGAAGCUCGUGGGCUUAUCCUUGACCGAAACGAAAGUGGCGUCGAUGUACCUUUCAUUGUCACGAUGCAGCUCAGUCGAAUGCGUCGCAAGACAAAACCUGCCGGUCAUGACAGCUUCACAGUGAACGAGCGGUUUGUGUUCUGGCUACCGUCCUCAUCGACAAAUGACCAGCAAACAUUGAAUAUCUUCGUGCGUGAUGGUGACGAGCGCGACCUCGGCGAAGUGCAUCUCAGCCUUGCAAUGCCAAUAAACGAAGCUUUUACAGAUUGGUAUCCGCUGGUUUGCAGAACUGAUGGACGUAAGCACGGUUCCAUUCGGGUGACAAUGCGUCGGCUCGUCCUCACAUCGUCAUCGAUGCUCGAAGCUGCUACAAACUUGAGCGAACGAGAAAGUUGUUUGAGCUUUAGCAAUCGCAGAGAGCUUUUGCCAGAGUUGUGGAGCUGCUUCUCUCGUACUGAGUCAGAAGUUAUUCCGUCUAGAGAGGACGAUAUCAGCAACAAACUUGACAUCCAGCGAGACGUCUUCUAG